AUGUUACGUUUUUCGAGGUCUAUUAAGACAUUACAUACUCCAACCCAUUUCGGUGAUGUCAGCACACGCUCGAAUUUGAUGAGUAAAGUGAAACUUUUGGAUGAGAUAUUGAGCCGGGUCAGCUAUGAUAGAAGUGUACUAUAUACUCCAAAGUACAAGAGAAUCCCACAACUUAUAACUUCCAGAGAUACGGUUCGUAUGGGUACACUAAUUCGCAAUUUCACUGAUAAUCUCACUAUGGAUCAAGCGUAUAACAAUGCGAAACAAUUAGAUCCACAAGAGAAACUUGGUAAGGUAGGGUUGGAAUUAUUCAUAGACUGUAAUAAGAACCAUAUUACACCAUUAAGUGCCCAUCUGUCUGUAAUGUUGAUGGAAAUCUACAACAGGUAUGACAGUAAUUCUGGAUUUUUGGAGAGGAUGCUUGAUGAAUUAGCGGAAGUGCGGUCCUUUUUGGCUGCUAACAAGUUCCAGUUGAAGGACAGGGCUGAUAUAGAUAUGUUAGUGGAUAAGUUAUCAUUUACACAGCAAGAUGCGGCCACUAUCAAAGAUGUGCUAUACCAAUUGGAUUACAACUUGUUUUCAGAUGACAUCGUCAGAGUGGUGAAGGGAAAUACAAUGCACGAUUCGAUAGACCUCUCUAAAGGGUGGAAAUACCAGGCAGGGAUACUUGAUAGUAAUGAUGCUUAUUUAAGGUCUCUCGAAAUUGAUAAAAAGAAGCUUGUUUCAAUUUCUGAGCCAAGUUUAGUUUUGUUGUUCGAUGGGACGUUGAGAGAUGCUGAUAAAAUUCAGCCAUCAUUGCAUUAUGCUGCUAAGAAAAGACAAUCUCUACUUCUUAUAGUUAAUGGGGAUGUUAAAGGGGAUGCUCUUACUGCCAUUACCAUAAACAAUAACAAAAACAGACGUGAUGGUAAUCCAUCCAAGGUGGUCAUUUUGAGAUACUUCGAUAAAGACCAUAACAAUAUUGCUCUACAAGAAAACUAUGAUCUUAUGAAAUUCUGCCAGUUGCCCGAAGGCCUUGGGUCCAUAUACUCUCCGAAAUUCAGUGACUACGUUCCUAGUUCAGCCUCUGCUAAGCUUUACUAUGGUUCCAUUGAGUCAAUCAAGGCCACCACUGGUGAAUGUUUCUUGUACAACCCGACCGUGGACAUGGGUGACGAAACAAAAGUCAAUUCAUUACAAACUUCGGUGACUGUCAAGAUUGGGGGACAAUCAGAAUUCGAGAUUGAUCAAAGGCGUGCUUCCAUCGAUAACAUAUUGAAUGAAAUUUUGUGCCAUGGGCUAAGAGACGGCUUUGUGCCCGGUCACGGAAUUGCAUUGGCCAAGGCAGCCCACCAUAUCUCGCAGCUACCUUUGAAAGAGGAGUCUCUAUUGGCUAGAAGCGUGCGUAACGAGUUGCUGGAAGCACUAACACAACCUAUGGAUAAAGCUAUAGAAAACAAAUAUGCGUGCAGCAGAUUUGCUAGAGCCAAGGCUAUCUCUGGUACGAUGGAAGUUGUUUCGUUCCAGCAUGCUGUUCUUCCCGAUUCCGAUACACCAACUGACACUUUGACUGGCGGGGAUGUGGAGCCCUGGACCAAAUUGGAUCAAACUUUGGACAACGUAUCCAAUUUUGUCAAAAUGAUUACCAGUUGUAAUGCAUACAUAACCAGGAUUUUCGAGAAACCAAAGAGAAGAGACUGA